AUGAACAUAAACACGGAUUCUUGGGAUCCGAUAGUUAUCUUUCUCGUUGUACAGAAGUUAGACACUGAGUCAGUCAAAGACUGGGAACAAUCUGUACACAAGGACAGCUCAGAAGACAUGCCUAAAUGGGAAGAGUUACAGAAGUUUCUGGUGGCUAAGUUCCGCACAUUGGAAAUGGCCGCAGCAGUGGCGGAAAGAAAUAGAAGCUCAGAGCGACCAACACAAUGUAACGACAUUACAUAUAACAAGAAUGGUGGCCGAAGACCGAUAGAAACCGAGGCGUACAAGAUAAAGAAAAUACUUACAAAAGAAGAAGAACAGUGUGAAGAGAUAUACAAAAAAACAUAUAAAAGAGAAGAAAACGGAAGAUACACGGUACAUUUGCCAUUGAAACAAAACGUUAAAGAAACAGUUAAUUUAUGUGGUGACACGAAACAACAAGCUAUCAAUCGAUUUAAGGGCCUGGAACGAAAAUUCCUUAAAGACAACAAGUUAAAGAAGGAAUACACAAAAGUUAUAGACGAGUACAAGGACAUGGGACAUUUAAGAAGAUCAGAAAAACAAGACGAUGACAAUGCGCUGUAUCUGGCUCACUUUGCUGUAAUUAGAGAGGACAAAGACACUAGUAAAGUGCGCAUAGUUUAUGACGCCUCUGCCAAAGGCUCACGUGGUCACUCUUUGAAUGACACCAUGAUGGUGGGAGCGGUUUUACAACCCGACCUUCGGAGCUUAAUAAUAGUUUGGCGAACACACAAGAUUUGCGUCGUAGGAGAUAUCGUGAAAAUGUAUAGGAUGAUAAACAUGACAAACGAACACAUAAACCUACAACGCAUUAUCUGGCGAGAUAGACCAGAAGAUGAAUUCGAGAGCUAUGAAUUAACAACUGUGACCUUUGGGACCGCGGCAGCUCCAUUCCUAGCAGUCCGCACAUUAAACCAAUUGGCCGACGAUGAAGAACACACAUUUCCAGAAACUGCACCUGUAAUAAAGAAGUCAUUUUACAUGGAUGAUCUAAUGGUAGGAAAUGAAAGCGUAGAAGAAACAAAGAAAAUGUGCAAAGAAAUUAAAGAAAUAUUGAAAAGAGGAGGAUUCAAAAUGCAGAAAUGGUCGAGCAAUUCAGAUGAAGUUCUAGAAUAUUUGAAAGAAGACAACAGUACAAGAGACACACUGGAAAUCAAGAUGGACAAAAUAAUAAAGAUACUUGGUUUGACCUGGAAUAGACACGAUGAUACAUUUGAUAUUACAGUAAACUUACCUGAGAUGAGAAGUCCCAUAACCAAAAGGUCUAUACUUUCUGAUGUUGCGCGCCUGUUCGAUCCCUUUGGGUGGCUAGCGCCUGUAAUUAUAACCGCUAAAGUUUUUAUUCAAAAGUUAUGGUUGAGUCAUCUAAGUUGGGACGAUGAAUUACAAUCAGAUCUGGCAGAUGAGUGGAUACGCUAUAGGAAAGAUCUAAUAAACUUACAAAACAUCAAGAUUCAACGCUGGUUAAACAUGACACGAGAAGAUGAUAAAGUUGAGCUGCACGGAUUUUCGGAUGCAUCCACUCAAGCAUAUGCAGCCGUGACGUAUCUGAAGGUCGUUAGAGGUGGGACUGUAUAUAUAUCUAUAAUUGCAUCAAGAAGUAAAGUCGCACCCCUGAAACAACUUUCUGUUCCAAAAUUAGAGCUUUGCGCCGCAGCCUUAUUAGCAGAAUUGAUCAAUGACGUCGCAGAACUUCUGAAGAUUCCUAAAAACAAAAUAUUCGUUUGGACAGACUCAAUGGUUGUACUGGCUUGGUUGCAAUCUCAACCUUGCCGUUGGAAAACAUUUAUAGCGAAUAGGACAGCAGAUAUUACACGAUUAAUAGAUAAUGAUCGUUGGAGACAUGUGCAAUCUGCUGACAAUCCUGCUGACAUCGCGACAAGAGGAAUCACAGCGCACGAAUUAUCUUCACAAGACCUGUGGUGGAGUGGGCCAGAAUGGCUUAAAAGAGACCAAGAAUACCAAAAGACAGAAGUUGUGCAAACAGAAUUAGAAUCAAAAACCACUCACCAUUUAUAUGUAGAAGAAAAGCCUAUAUGGAAGAGGUUUUCAACAAUGUCACGAAUGAAAAGAGUGCUAGCUUACUGUAGGAGAAUGUUGACUGACCGAAAAAGAGAACAGGAAAAAAGUAAGCACUUAACAGUCAGAGAAAUGGAUAAAAUUGAAGAAGAAUGUAUAAAGUUCUAUCAAAAUUUAAUAUAUGGAAAAGAUAUAGAAGAUUUGAAAAAAGAUGGAAGAGUUAAAAAAAGAAGUACCUUAAUCACACUUGCACCAUUCUUAGACGAGAAAGGUUUGUUAAGAGUGGGGGGACGUCUUCAAAAUGCCUCAUUGCCCGAAGAUACCAAACACCCAAUAAUUAUUCCACGCAACCAACACAUCACCAAAUUAAUCGUUAAAGAGGCCCACACAAGAACACUCCAUGGUUGGAAUCAGUUAAUGAUGACUUAUGUGAAAACGAAAUAUUGGGUUAUGGGCUUAAAAUCAUCAGUUCGAAAAUGCAUACACGAUUGCAAGACCUGUAUAGUAGACAAGGCUAAGGUCAAGAAUCAGUUCAUGGGCCAACUGCCCGCAGUCAGAGUUAACCAAAACCGGCCUUUUAUAAAUAGCGGCGUUGACUAUGCUGGGCCUAUUUUAAUAAGAACUUCUAAAGGCCGUGGGCACCAUGCGACGAAGGGUUACAUUUGUUUGUUCGUAUGCAUGGCUACGAAAGCUAUUCAUCUGGAGGCCGUGUCAGAUUUGACUACACAAGCUUUCAUAGCUGCCUUUAGAAGAUUUGUUGCACGCAGAGGCCACUGUAAAGAUGUUUGGAGCGAUAAUGGUACCAAUUUUAUUGGCUCUGCCAAAGAGUUGAAAUACAUGUUUGAAUCUGGAAAAAGAAUUUAG